UAAAAAUGCAUCAGGUAAUCCACACUGGAGAGAGACCAUUCAGCUGUGACGAGUGUGGGAAGGAUUUUACCGUAAAAGCUUCCCUAAAAAGGCAUCAGCUAAUCCACACUGGAGAGAGACCAUUCAGCUGUGACGAGUGUGGAAAGUCUUUUAUGCAGGCUUCACACUUAAAACGACACCAACUCAUCCACAGUGGAGAGAGACCGUUCAGCUGUGGAGACUGUGGAAAGUCUUUUACCGAGUCUGGACACUUAAAAACACACAAACUCAUCCACACUGGAGAGAGACCAUUCAGCUGUGACGAGUGUGGAAAGUCUUUUAUGCGGGCUUCACACUUAAAACGACACCAACUCAUCCACAGUGGAGAGAGACCGUUCAGCUGUGGAGACUGUGAAAAGUCUUUUACAGAGUCUGGACACUUAAAAACACACAAACUCAUCCACACUGGAGAGAGACCAUUCAGCUGUGAUGAGUGUGGAAAGUCUUUUAUGCAGGUUUCACACUUAAAACGACACCAACUCAUCCACACUGGAGAGAGACCGUUCAAGUGUGAUAUUUGUGGAAGGUCUUUCUCCUCAGCUUCAUACUUAAAAAAACACCAGGUCAUCCACAGUGGAGUUAAAGCGUACAGCUGUGAUGAUUGUGGGAAAGGUUUUACUCUCAGUAGCAGCUUACAGAGUCAUCUAGUUACCCACUCUGGAAUUAAGGCAUACAGCUGUGACAUUUGUGGAAAAACUUUCAGCCUGAAACAGAACCGAAAUAAACACCUACGCAUUCACACCAGACAUGAUGUGUACAGCUGUGGUCAGUGUGCCAAACACUUUGCUAUAAACACACAGUUACAACAACACAUGUUUACCCACUCUGAGGAACAACCUUAUAAAUGUGACUUGUGUGCGAAGACUUUUAAAUCUCCACGUUACCUGAAAGCACACCAAAAGAUCCACACCAGAAAGACUCUACAAGUGCAGUUACUGUGAGCAGAGCGACACAGAUGGAUCCAGUUCUCAACC